CAAAAACGGAGGUGCUUGCUGUUCGUGCUCAUGCCACAUUCAUAGAAAGUCCGUCGUUGUCGUGCUAAUUCGCUAGUAUUGUCGCUGUGCUAGUCUGGGAGGUCUGGUCUGUCUUUCGUCGUUUUCUCAUGCCGGAGAGUUCGUUUAUCGUUGCCUCGUCGGACGAUGUUUUGGCGACUGCACCAGGAGCUGCAGGACGGUGGUCUAUCGCCCCCACGGGGGUGCGUAGACCUGGACGAGGAGCUCGCACAGGAUGCAGCAUUAGCUCCCGGCGGUGGUCCCGUUUACGGCAACAGCAGAAGGUGGUCCAAACGAGCAUUCUUUCGAAGCAAAGGAGAUUGCCAAACGCUGGACCACGACGCGAGGACCAUGAUCAUCUGCGAGAUCAUCAGGAACUGCAAGCAGCACCUCGGGCGGGAACGGGAUCCUCGUACAUCAGCGCUGCCACUCGGUGUUCACGUUGGAUGGGUGCGGGUAGUUCUUUCAUUCUGGGUGUUGAUAGGCGUAAUUUUAUCCCUCGUACCCAGCGCCGCAGGGUUAUGGCGUUCUCAACUGUUACAUCCUCAACUGUUACACAGAUUUGUAAUGCAAGAAUAGCAAAAGUGAAAGGAAGGACCUUGCGCGUCGUGCAUGACAGAUUUGGCACAGAUUCUUAGCCUGUUUGGCCGUCUGAGAAUUUGCCAUGCGAAGCAGCUUGGUGGCGUUCAUAGUCAAGGCGAUUCUGCAUGACAAAUCAUGUAACAGUUGAGAAUGUAACAAUUGAGAACGCCAUAAGGGUGGCUCGUCGAGUUCGACCGGAUCGCCAGCUGGAACGAUACCAGCUUUCAAACACAGUAUGAAAUGCAAAUACUCAUAUAGGUCUGGGUCUCGAAGGAAGAUGCAACUUGUAAUGCUAUUUUUGGAUUCUAAAAAAAUCUGUAUUGCAUGAAAGGCAAUAGAAGUCCAGGUUUUGCCACGUGGAGAGGGCAUUUCUCAUGCAGGAUAUGCAUCGCGAAGCACUCAGAAAAUCCGUGAUGCUAGGGCAUACAUCACAGCCAUCAUGGGUCAUGCCGGACUAGCAUGACAAAUCCCGGAAUCUUCCAGACCCAGACAUUUUUGCAUUUGAUACACAGACGUGCUCUGCAAAACUGUUUCUGGACAGAUCGGACCUCGUCGACGCAACACAACACAUACCAUCAACAUGCUUUGCAGCUCCUCCGGCGUCAACAACAUCUGCAGAGGACCAGGUUGUAGGUGGGGAGAUGACCACAGUACUAGAGGAAGGCGGCGGUGACUUCUCGACAAGAAGGGGCGCACCAGCGACCGGGUCGUCGUGGUCACCCGGGGCUUCUUCUUCUGCCGAGCGGGCGAUGGACGCGAAAUUGCACCGGUUGUACGACCUGGCGUGCCAAAAUUGUGCGUACUUCAUGCAAUCAGAGGUGAUUCUAGGACAGAAUCACGACACCACGACCGGCGACCAGCCCCUCGAUGUCGAGCGGCUCGAAAAGUACGAGCUGCGUCCCACCCUACAGGGCUGCCAGUUCCACGACGAGAUGGCCUCUCUGGCGCGCGAGCUCUUCCCAGAGCUGGGUAAAAUGCUGGGUAUUUCCGUCACCAUCGUAACGCCUCUGCAUCUUGCGUCGGACAGCGACCUGCUGCACCCAAGUAACCGUAUGUACUACAAGGCCGCGACGUUUAGCUCCCACGCGCAGCGGGUACCGCCGGACUUGGUCGUCCCGGAGCGAAGAAGAGCAUCUCCUACCGGAGGUCGUGCAUUAGGAACGAGAACAUCUUCAUUGCACUUCGAGCCGGAACAAGAUGUUGAAGCAAGAAGGGCCCCCGUCGGAGCUCCUGCUGACAUUUCUCCAGGCAGCUCGUCGACGCCGCAGGAACCUUCACGUAAUCAUCCAGGCAGCGGAGGGGGGAUGGGCAUAAGUGAUUUCCUUCACGACGACCGCGCCUUUCAAGAGGAGCUGAUUGCUCGGCUAGGGCGCUUGAACUUUUGCGAGGUGAGCUUUUUCGCGGUGUGGGCGUUGGUGGCUCAGUGGUACGUCGUGCGAAUUUCAGCCUCGUACUUGGCGCAGGAGUACGCGUUUCUGGAUUCCGGGCACGUGUUCGAAAACCUGCGGCACUACACCCAGACCGGUUUCUCCCUGGCGCAGCCGUGGCCGAUUUCUCACCGCAUGAUUCCACUGCAUAUGAACUUCUACGCGUUCACGCGCGGCGGCUGCUGCGUCCCUAGCCAGUGCGCACAGAGUCAGGACCGACUUGUGCUUCGAGUCAAGACGCACUCUCGCUGCGGUAUGCAGUUCACAGACAAAACCUUGGUGAAUCUGUGUCGGGCACGGUACAGCGACAUGAAAACAGAAACGACGUCAUCAUCAUCUGCGAUGACCACAACUCAUGGAUUGAAACCUGUAGUUUUGAGCAGCCCCGAGUUCCCGCCGUCCUGCCCCCCGGCGUCAUUUGGAGGAACGGGCGGGGAGCGCACAAGUAGAUCGGAACAAUCUGCAGCCGAGGACGACAAAUCGGGCGCCACGGCUGUGGUCGAUGGCGCGCCAGCACGGAAGGACGGAAUCGGCGAGGAAAACAAGUAUUUGUUUCGUGUGCGCCGCAAUCAAUGUAGUUACGAAAGCGGUCUUUGGGCCGAGCCAAUGGCGGACCGUUUCAAGUGCAUGAUGACGACCAUCGGGAUCCGGCAGCAGUUCCAGCCCGGCGACACCGUGUUCGACUGGGGCUCCGGUUGCGGCCACAUGCUCACUUGGUUUGCAAAGUACUUCGGAAUACGCGGCUUUGGCAUCGAAAUUCUUGAGCCCGCGGUCCAGUUCUCGCAGGCGUUCGGAGUCGGGAGCUACUGCCAAGCCGAUGGCAAUCGAGGGUUGUCCUGGAUUCCGAACGAGAGCUUUGACCACGUGGUUUCCUGCGGGGCCCUCAUACACGCCGCGCAGCCCUGCGCGCAACUGCAGGAACUACUGUUGAAGGUAAAGGUUGGAGGCACGGCUUGGCUGGGCUGCAUGCCGCUGCUGGAGGACAGAAAAAAUUUGAAACAAGAUGAGGGGCAGGUAGACAAGAAAGAGGACGGCGAAGAUGUUGUUCCCCAUCAUGCUGCAUCGGCUUCAUCAAAAAAGAACGUCGACGCUUCUGAUGUUCAUCACCACCGCGGAGGACACCAAAGUGCGACGCGAAGUGGAGCUACUUAUGCAGUAAGCCAGCUGACGAGGGCGGAGUGGAUCCAGUGUGUAAGGGACGUGAAGCCUUUUCCUGAUCAAACAGAAGAUGCUGAGCUUUCGCGAGAAGACGAAGGGUCUGUCGCACGGAGAACAUCACCAAGGACCGAAGAUUUUUUUUCCGUUAUGGCGGUGCAAGAUCACAUCCUGUUUGAUUCUGAUUCAGAGAUGUAUGCGCUCGAGUUUAGCUACGUGAAGGAGCCAAAUUGGUUCUCCAUGACGUCGGAACAUUUCUCGCUGCUGAUCAAACGCCAAGCGUGA